AUGUAUUAUCACACAGAGAUAACAUCAGCUGGCUUUCAAGCUUCCAAUAUAAUAAAGUCAGCAGAUGUCACACCAAAGAUACGAUCAACUUUUUCUGAAUAUGAUAUUUUUGUUAACAGUGAUUCUAAUGAUCAAUGGCCCGCUUACUAUAAUGAAAAUAAUAAUGGAAAUGAAACUCGCGAUUUUCUUCAUUUUCUAGUUCGUACUAAUUAUGAUCAUCGUAAAGAACCAGAAAACGACAAUGGAGUUGUUACAAUCAGUGUCUCAAUUGUUGUUAGUAAUAUUCGAGCGGUUUCCGAAGUUACAAUGGAUUAUGCAUUAGAAUUAUUUUACCGUGAGUCAUGGUUGGAUCAACGAUUGCAUCAACGUGAUGGUUACGGAAAACGAAAGAUUACAUUACAUGAAAGUUACAUUAAUUUUCUAUGGCAUCCAGAUACAUUUAUGCCAAAUGCAAUCGCUUCCAAAAAUCCUCAAAAGCAUUCUAUAUCACAUCGUUCUUUACUUAGGUUAAAUGAAGAUGGCACCAUUCUAUACAGUAGACGCAUUUCCAUACUCGCUGAAUGUCCAAUGGAUCUUACACUUUUCCCUUUUGAUUCACAAUUAUGCAAACUUGGCAUCGAAAAUGGUUAUACCGCGGAUCGUGUAAGAUAUUCUUGGUCAAAAGAUGUCAAAGCACCGUUGUUAUUGCAGAAAAUUCGUUUACCUGAUUUUCAGAUCAAAGAAGCCUAUGUCACUAGUGUUACAGAAAAUUAUGCUACAGGUAAUUACAGUAGACUUUAUGUAUGUUUUUUAUUUAUUCGUUCUUCUGGAUUUUGCCUUAUGCAACUUGUUGUUCCAUCUACAGCAGUUGUCAUAACUUCUUGGGUUUCGCUAUGGAUGGAAAGUGAUACCGAAUUUCAGGAUAUGAUUUCAAUUAUAUUAGCAAUCACAUUUCUGAUAUUUUCGUACAAUGAGAUGAUGCCACGUGUAAGCUACAUCAAAGCUAUGGACAUCUAUCUUGGUGUAUGCUUUAUGUUUGUAUUUCUAUCAUUGAUCAAAUUGGCGUUUGUAAAAUUCAUGAUGCAAAAACUCAAUAGAAGCAGGUUUCUACGCAGAAGACCAUCAUUGCUUCUUACUUCAGUGCCCCCAAAUGUUAAUUUAUCCGCAAAUGGCGUAUUUACAGAAUCUGCUAUAAUUGGUCUACAGAGAACUUCUUCGUUCAACUUUGAAGUAUCACCAUGGCAAGAAGGGUCAAACCGUAUCUCAAAUUCUUACACUUCCAUCCCAAUAAAUGACCCAAGCGAAGUGGAUAAUUAUCUACAAAAGCAACAAUAUUCACGAUGGUCUAAUUUUAAGAAUUUCUUGAAUAAGUGUCGAUUUUCAAAAAGGUCCGUCUACAAAUUCCACUGGAUCUCACAGUUACUCUUUCUGAUAACAUUCGUCUCAUUCUGUCUGUUCUACUUUUUGCUUUAUCCCAACAUGCACGUUGAAGUAGAUGACGCUGCGUGCGAUCGCACAAAAUCAGAAUGGUUUGCAGAAAUUGCAUAA